AUGGGUGAUGAAGAUGCAUCAGGCUUAGGUUCUGCUUUAGCAAAUUGCAUUAAUCUCUCAAAUUUGACACUUAAAAUUGGUGAUGAAGGUGCAUCAGGCUUAGGUUCUGCUUUAGUAAAUUGCAUUAAUCUCUCAAAUUUGACACUUUACCUUGAUGGAAAUUAAAUUGGUGAUGAAGGUGCAUCAGGCUUAGGUUCUGCUUUAGCAAAUUGCAUUAAUCUCUCAAAUUUGACACUCCGCCUUUAUAACAAUUAAAUUGGUGCGAUGGGUGCAUCAGGCUUAGGUUCUGCUUUAGCAAAUUGCAUUAAUCUCUCAAAUUUGACACUCUACAUUUAUGAUAAUUAAAUGGGUGAUGAAGAUGCAUCAGGCUUAGGUUCUGCUUUAGCAAAUUGCAUUAAUCUCUCAAAUUUGACACUUAACCUUAGUGGAAAUUAAAUUGGUGAUGAAGGUGCAUCAGGCUUAGGUUCUGCUUUAGCAAAUUGCAUUAAUCUCUCAAAUUUGACACUUGAUCUUGGUUACAAUUAAAUUGGUGCAAUGGGUGCAUCAGGCUUAGGUUCUGCUUUAGCAAAUUGCAUUAAUCUCUCAAAUUUGACACUUAAACUUAUGUAAAAACAGUUUAUUUGUUAUGGAUUGUGA